AUGCCCUCACUCCGCAACAUCCUACACAAACGCGACGAGCUCAGCACCCCCCAAACAGCCCAAAAUGCACCUCCAACGACCCCACCACCACCUGAGUUUAAGCUCAUCCGUUCAGACACACAUACUCAAGAGAUAAUCACCCCACCCUCAUUCCCAGACGACACAAAACCAUACCUCUCUUCACCACAGCAAGACGAAACCUCCCUUUCCCCCCAGUCCCAGUCUCCCCGGCGCAGCUUCCAGCUCUUCAACCGCUCGUCCAGAGCAAACUCCACCUCAUCCCGAUCUUCGCCCCCGCUACCGCCUCCGCCCCGCCGCGAGCGCCGCCUCUCCAAUCUCCUGCAUCUCGACCACCGCAGUCGCAGUAACUCGCGCGACUCCUCGGCCAACAUUCCCGCGGAUCUGCCGCAGAUCAACGAUGACCAGGCCGCUAGUCAACAGGAGCGCGAAGCGGAGUGGGAAAAGAGGGCUACAGUGCUUGUUCAAGGAAACCCGCAAUUCGCGAUGUCAGGCUCGUCGCUGUCUGGGCAAUCAGCUGAGGGGGGCUCGGUAGGGCUGGGGUUGGGGCUAGAACCGCAGACCAAGUCCAGGAGCCCGAGUCUUCUGAGUGUUGGGGAUCCAAAUGCAGAUAUUAACAUCCAAGAGGCGAUUCGACUACAUGAAGCUGGUGAUCUCGAGCGAUCGACUCACAUGUUCGGACAACUCGCAGACCCGAAUGGCGCGAAUAAUCCUCUGAGUCAGGUCCUUUACGGACUGGCUUUACGACACGGAUGGGGUUGUCCUCCAGAUCUAGAACGCGCCGUAACCUACCUCUCCGCCGCAGCAUCCAAUUCAGCCGCGGUAGAGGCGGAGGCACUGCGUGCGGGGAUGAAGAAAGGGGGAUCUGCAAAGGGCGAGCUUGUUUUGGCCAUGUAUGAGCUGGGUAACUGCUUCCGCAAUGGCUGGGGUCUGAAAAAGGACCCUGCUGCUGCCAGACAAUACUAUGAGACGGCGGCCAAUUUGGGUGACACUGAUGCCAUGAAUGAAGUGGGAUGGUGUUAUCUCGAGGGGUUUGGGGGCAAAAAGGAUAAGUUCAAAGCGGCCAAGUACUACAGACUUGCCGAGGAGAAUGGGUGUCCCACUCUCGGGAAUUCCUGGAUCUGGAAAGACAAGUACAAUCCAAAGUGA